AUGGCAAAACCUAUACCAAAAAUUGGUUCACGUAGAAAUGGACGUAUUAGUUCGCGUAAAAGUGCACGUAAAAUACCAAAGGGUGUUAUUCAUGUUCAAGCAAGUUUUAAUAAUACCAUUGUAACUGUUACAGAUGUACGAGGUCGAGUCGUUUCUUGGGCUUCUGCCGGUACUUGUGGAUUCAGGGGUACAAAAAGAGGAACACCAUUUGCGGCUCAAACCGCAGCGGGAAAUGCUAUUCGUACGGUGGUGGAACAAGGUAUGCAACGAGCAGAAGUCAUGAUAAAAGGUCCUGGUCUCGGAAGGGAUGCAGCAUUACGGGCUAUUCGUAGAAGCGGUAUACUAUUAAGUUUCGUGCGAGACGUAACCCCUAUGCCGCAUAAUGGCUGUAGGCCUCCUAAAAAAAGACGCGUCUAG